AACGGCACCAGAGAAGGAGGAGGAUCUAGGGAAGGGCAGGGACAGGCUGAUCGAUCUGCCUCCCAGCUCAGCUCUAGCCUAAUGUCAGCCCCCCGUCGCCAGCUGCUACCUCAGAAGCCCAGCCGGCGGCAAUAAAGCCAAGGGAGAUCUCUUCCUGCGCCCCCCUUCAGACCUGCAGCCCCUUUUUCCAGCGUCAUGACCCGCACAGCGUUGCUUGCUGCCCUCCUCCUCGCAGGACAAGUAAUUUCACUUCCAGUAACAAAUCCAACAACUAAAGAUGACGCAAAGGUGAUGAACUGCAUUGUUGAGGUCAUUUCUGGUAUAGUGUCAAAGCCAAAUCCACUCCCAAUCAGCCAGGAAUGCCUAGAAACUCUUCAAGGUGAUGAAAGAGUCCUUUCCAUUCUUCGCCAUCAAAACUUACUAAAGGAACUUCAGGAGAUUGCAAUCCAAGGAGCGAGUGAAAGGACAGAGCAGCAAAAGAAAAGCAGCAGCUUCGAAGAUGAGCUUUCAGAGGUCCUUGAAAGCCAAGGCAACAAGAACACAGAAAGAGAUCUAUUGGAGGCGACUCCUGACGAGGAACCCGCUGCCUCCUUUGCCGAGCUAGAAGCAGAGAAAAGCCGGAAGAACCUCGAAAGGGAUGGUUCAAAAGAGGAUGAGAGAAACAGCUUGGAAGAAAGGGAGUCAAGGGCACGAGAUGUGGAGCCUGAAGAUGGAAAGAAGGCCGCAGGAUUCGACAGCAGUGAGGUUGGGCAGACCAAAGAACUGCCCUGGGAUGGAGCAGUCGACAAUAACAUCCACGAUGACACCAGAGAGGAUGAGGUACCUCAGCAGAGACGCCAAGAGGAUGGAGAAGCUGCUGAGAGAGAAGAAAUGGAUGCGGUGGCGGAGGAGAAAGAGCACAUUUCCAAAAACAGCCAGGGGGAAAGCAACGAGGAAGUAGAGGACAGUGUCAGAGACCAGGCUGAAGAAGAGGACGAGAAUGAGGAGGAGGAGGAGGUUGACGAGAAAGGCACCUCAGAUGAGGAACGCCCUACCAGUCCAGAGGAUAAGGAUGACCAAAGAGAAGAUGAUAACCAAGAUGCUGAUCAGGAUGGAAAGCUUUCCAAAGAAAAAGAGAAGUUUCACGGAGCAAGAGGCGGAAGGCAUCACUCUCGAGAUGAAGCAAGGCAGGAUGAAAAUACCUCCCAUUCAAGGCAUCUCGAAAGUGAGGAAGUGGAAGAGGACCCCUCCAGAGGUUUAGAAGACUCCAAGAGAUGGAACAAAAUGGAUGAGCUGGCCAAGCAGUUGACCACUACAAAGCGUACAGAGGAAAAUGAAAGCGAUGAAGACCCAGAUAGAUCCAUGAAACUGGCUCUCAGGUCCCACAACUAUGACUUCCGCACCUCCGAAGAUGACAUGAGGAGAACACAGAAGCAUCAUUCCAAAGAGGAGAGCAUUGAAGGGGCCUUUCCACUUGCAGCUAUGCCUGAGGAAAAGAAGGAUGAAGAAGGAAGUGCUAACAGGAGAACAGAGGACCAAGAGCUGGAAAGCUUGGCAGCAAUAGAAGCAGAGCUGGAGAAAGUUGCCCACAAGCUCCAUGCCCUGCAAAGAGGUUGAUGCUUUUAUAACAUGCGAUGUGAGCAAAAAGGCAGAAGAAACACUGCAAUUUAUUGUGGGUGUUCUUUUAAAAAAAGAUGAAAGUAAUAAUGGAGAAAGUUCAUUUUGCAUAAGAAGCUAGUAAUUACUAGAAAAACAACAAUUUCUUUCUGCGUGGUAGUAAUGUUUUUCAUCAUCAUUUGCUGGUUGUAUGAUUUCAUGCUUGCUUUAUUGGCUUGCAACUUUUGGAUUACAGCAUCACAAACAGUAUGACUUAACUCAUGUAUUUUCUGUUGAUUAAAAGGGAACGUUUGACAUUUCCCAUCUUAUUUUCUUUUCCUUUUUUUUUUUUUUUAAAGAAAAAGCCAUGACAGCUUUC